GUACUCGCUUAGUCUCGUUCACCACACGGUGGUAGUGUGGGUUAGAGUUUUGGUGAGCUUUGCUUUACGAAGCUCACAAUAAUUGAAUAAAAGUUAAGGUGCCUCCUAACACUUGUGCACACAGCCGCUUCCUAACAUUCUUUUAAUACAUCAUAUACCUAAUGUAGUUCAGUAUUGUUACUUGUAUAAGCGUUGCUAAAUAUCAAUAAGAAAAUUCAGAAGGCGGUAUUUCUUGAUAAGAAGUUCGUUCCCUCCCCAUUCCACCCCCAACCCCCCUAACCUCUCAAACAAGCUUGGGGCCUGUGGAAAAUCAGGGGUUUUCGGGGGGAAUGAAAAGUGAAAUAAGGGCGUUAAAAAAUCUAAGGAAAUUUACCUUAAUUCGAAUUUCCCUAACCUAUCCGAGCCCCUAGACUCCUCCUGCUUGGACGUUAAUCUAACUUAGCAUAACCUAACCUAGCUGGUGGGGCUGUGCCUCCCCUGGACCCCCCUUCCCCACUAGGACAUUAACCUAACCAAGCAUAACCUAACCUAAUCUAACCUGGGUUAAUCUGGAUAUCGCAUCUGUGUUACCUACAAGCACAAAACUCAAAUGUCAUGAAGAAGGGUUUGGUGACGUUGCUGAAAAUGUAAAAAAAUUGGGGGACACAUGUUAAGUAUGGCUGUAAUAGCACUUGUAAGUGUGGAGAAAUUUGAUAUUUUCCAAGUCCAGCAAGCUCAGCACCAGUCAAGAGUAAAUACUGAAAUGAUUUUCUCUUGUUUAUAACUGGGAUUUUUGGGUAGUGGCAUAUUAGGAUUUCAUGGUAUCUAUGCAGCUGAUCCCUCCAAUCACAAGCUGCCACUUGUGAGGCCAUUCCUGAGGCUGCCAGUUAUGACUUUCCAUGGUAGGUUCAGUUACACUUUUCAUUUGUUUUAGAGACAUGUCAGGCAUUCUGAUAGAGGCUCGCUGUCAUUUGUUAAUAUGGCUACCCAGUGGAGGUAGGUAGAGCGAACAGUGCCAGUGUUCAGCAGGAAAAGAAGUCACUAUGUGAGAUAUUUAGCAACAGCAAUACAAUGGUUAAGAUGCGAUAUACAGACAUAAGGAAGAGGUUCCAUGCGUUUAUUAAGGAAGCUGCCAAACUGUACCCACCUCCAUUGUCCUGAGAAUCUCCACACCACACUGCAAUAUCAAGAGAGGAUGCCCUCAAACUGUGGAAGGGUCUUUUCUACUGUAUGUAUAUGGCAGAUAAGCCUCUGGUGCAGGAGGCUGUUGCUGAGAACAUAAGUGGUCUCAUCCACUACAUCAACAAUGAGGAAGACUGCAAGAACUUCAUCAAAGCAGGCUUUCUUACCUUUGCUAGGGAGUGGAAUGGGAUUGAUGUCUUUCGUAUUGACAAGUACAUGAUGUUUGUGAGAAGAUUUUUGCGGCAUAUUUUCACUCACUUACGGGCUUGUGACUGGAACCCGAAGAAUGUCAUGGCCUAUAUCUCCAUCCUAGAAGCAAUUGUUGUUUGUCCAGAUGAUAAUGUAAACAACACUCCCUUGGGGCUGAAGACUCAUGUUUGUGAAGUAAUUUUAGAAGAAUUGGCAAAAGUUGGUGGAGAGAAUCUGCAGCAUUCUGUGGUUAUGGCAGUGAUUCAGCCUUACUUCAAGGUUCUUGCACUGACCAAGAUAAAUGUUUAUACAAGAUUUGUUCGUGAAGGAAUAAUUCACCACUUGAUCCGUCAAACCCUUUGUGCAGAAGAAGAGGAAGGUGGAGAAGAGGGAACUGACAACACAAACUUGGAAACUAAAGAGACUGCUAAAGAGGAUGCUGAGAGUGAAGAGCUGAUGGAUGAAGUGGAAGUGGCUCUAGACCCUCGGGCAGGCCGGGUGGAUGCCUACAUACCUCAGUUGAAGGUGGAUUUGAAUCUUUUGGCUGACUCCCUUCAGAAAGUUGGAGCAGUUUCAAGGGUACAAACAAAAAACCGGGAGGUGAUCUACAGGCUUGUAUGUGAACUACGAGAUGCAGCACAAGGCCACGAUCCUUUAGCAUUACCAAGCGAUCAUGUGGAUGAUGUAGAAGUUCCUGAAGAAGAAGUAGAAAAAGCUGUAGAAAGACUGGAGAAAUUUGAAGAAGAUUUAAGAGCAGGAAGAAAUCCUGAGAAUGAGGAUGCUGAUGAUGAUUUGAAACCAGUCAAAAAGUGUCAGUUUAAAAGUAAAUAUCAGAAAAAGAAAUAUCUCCGUCUAAAGAAGAAUAAGCAGCAACCAAAGGGACUACCGAAAACCAAGAAAAGGAAACUGGAUAAACGUCAAAGUGAACUAGCCCAAAAGAGAGCACUGGCAGUGGACCACAUGGUGAGGCGUGUGACUGCAGCAGCAGGAAUUCCCAGGACCAGUGUAGUGACACCUUCACCUGAGGGGCAAGUGAAUGGGCAUCAUGGAUUUGAAGUGUCUCCAAUUUCUCAAAAGAAAAAGCCAGACAUUGCAUCCAAAUCAUUUGUAAAUAAUUUCACUGUAGAAGUGGCAUCUGAUGAUAAUAAAAAAAGGAAAAGUGUUGUAGCUACAAACAAGCAAAACAAAAAGAAGUGUUUUGAUAUUUCUGUUUUAAGUUCUCAUUCCAAUGACAGUUGUGAAAUCAACAGUGUAAAGAAAAGUGAAAAUGUUCUUUCCAGUGUACUGAGUAAAGGACAGAGGAAAAAAAAGAAAACCAAAAUGACUACUAAUGUACAAAAGGUUGAUAUUCCAGUUCAAGUUUCAACUUGCAGUGAUGCAGUCCCAUCUGUCACUGAAAAGAAACAGUCAGUUAAAAGUGAAAAUCUGCUUGAUGCUGCAAAAAAUAUUGAAAAUGAAGACAAGCAAAAUCUGCAGCCCAGCAGUGAUGAAACAGUAAAGGGUAUCAACACCAAGGUAAUAGAUAGUGUUCUACCUGAAAAAGGCAUAGUCAUAAACUUCUCAGAAAGUAAGAAGCAGAAAGGUCUAGGCAUUGGGAUUCCUCCAAAGAAGUCCUCCUGGGAUGAGCCCCUAAAGGAAGGUGAAUAUGAAGUAUUUAUUAGAAGCAGGAAACAUUUAAAGAGAACCAAAGAAAAGAAAAUCAGCCCAAUAAAGAAAAGGCUGGCAGCAUGUAUCCCGAGACAACGAACUAUAAGUAUUAACUUGAAAAAGAACAAAGAACAUGAAUUCAGUGACUAUGUCCGCACAUUGAGGGCCAGUCCCUGUAUUCCCUUCAAGGCUGAUCAGACACCCAAGGCCCCUGUUCUCAAGCCUUCUCCCUCUCCAAUUUUGAUAAAGGGAACAGCCCUUCGGAAGAGACUGCAGAAAAAGGUGGCUGCAUCAGCAUCUCCACAGCUAAGUUUGAAAAAAAAAAGACAAACUGCAGCUGAUUUUUUUUAAGUAAGCUGAUAAUCUGACCAUAGCAGUAUCAGGCUGUUUAAUAGUCUGGUACCCUUACCAUGGACCAACUUCUGUGCAAUGGUUGACUGUUAGAGAUCUCCAACAAUUACAACUUGAAGAGUUGAUUUUACAAUUUCAUCACAGGGGGAAGUAUCAUUGUAGAUAUGCAUGGCCUUAAAAUUCAGCAAGAUAUCUUAAAUAAAAUUAUUUUUUGUCCUUUGA